AUGGCCGCCAAAGUGGUGGAAAGUCAGAAUUUCGCUUCUUCAAAGAACGAAGGAGCAAUAACGUACAAACUUAGAAAAUUCACAGAAACUGAUAAAGUAAAUUGUAUUUUGGAUUCAAUUGCUGCUACUUGCGAAACAGGCACGAAAACUGAACGAGCCAUCGAGGAUUUGAGAGAAAUUUUAGAUAGAUAUCAGGAACAACCGCAUCUUCUUGACCCAUAUUUAGAGUCGUUCACCAGCAAACUAUUAAGUGUGGCUCAAGAUUAUUCAUUAAGCCAAAAAAUAACAUUACAAGCAUUCAAAUACCUCUAUCUCUUCACAAAGGUACGAGGUUCAAAGUACAUUGUAAGAUUGUUCCCACAUGAAGUGCAAGAUGUGGAGAAAGUUCUAUCGUUGCUGAACAAACAAAAUCCCUCGGAUCACGAAUCUUGGGAAGCCAGGUACAUAUUAUUACUGUGGCUAUCAAUUGUAUGUAUGGUACCAUUUGAUAUGUCAAGAUUUGAUGGUAAUAUUGCUGAAACAUCUGAACAAAAACCUAUAACUCAGCGAAUCAUUGAUCUAGCCAAGGUUUAUCUGAAUGUCGUUGAUAAGUGCAGAGAUGCCGCUGCAUUAGUGAUAGCAAAAUUUGUGACCAGACCUGACGUGAAGACUCAACAUCUUCCAGACUACCUAAAAUGGUCUUUAGGCCAACUUCCUAAAAUAGAAGUGAUGACACAAGCUGGUACAAACACAAUGACUGGUAUUUUUAGCUCGUUGGCACUUCUUUUUAAACAUGGAAAAAGAGCAGACUUAAUAGUACAUGCCAGAAUAGUUCGUGAAACAAUUGAUUCCUGCAAUGUCCUGACGCUAAAUAACAGUUUGCUAAGAAAACUUUAUAUAAAGUUAGUUCAGAGACUGGGCCUCACUUUUUUGAAGCCAAGACUUGCAGCUUGGAGGUACAAGAGGGGAACUAGAUCACUGUGCCAUAAUCUAACAAAAUCUGAGCUGACUGAUACAAUCACAACUAAUAAAGAUGAGGGACUUGAGGAGGAAUUGGAUGAGAAUUUUGAUGUCCCAGAAGAUAUUGAGGAUAUUAUUGAGAUCUUGCUGGUGGGGUUAAAAGAAAAAGAUACCAUUGUCAGAUGGUCUGCCGCUAAGGGUGUUGGAAGGAUCACUGGCAGGCUCCCCAAGGAACUUGCUGAUGAUAUAGUGGCCGCUGUUCUAGAUUUAUUCAGCUUUCAAGAAACUGACAGCGCCUGGCAUGGAGGAUGCCUCGCCCUGGCUGAACUUGGUCGAAGAGGUCUUCUAUUGCCCCAGCGAUUAUCUGAAGUCGUUCCUGUCGUCUUGAAGGCCUUGCUUUAUGACGAAAGAAGAGGAGCUAUAAGUGUUGGUUCCAACGUGAGGGAUGCUGCUUGUUACGUUUGUUGGUCAUUUGCAAGAGCCUACGAUCCUGUAGAAAUAAAACCGUAUAUUGAAGAGAUUGCAAGAGGUUUGCUGAUCGCGACGUUAUUCGACAGAGACAUAAACUGCCGUAGAGCAGCUUCGGCUGCUUUUCAAGAGAAUGUUGGAAGACAGGGAACCUUACCUCAUGGUAUUGAUAUUCUGACGAAAACAGAUUAUUACGAAGUGGGGAAUAGAAAGAAUACCUAUCUCACGAUCAGUGUUUACAUCGCUCAAUAUGAUGAAUAUCGCCAAUCCUUGAUCGAUCACCUUUACAAAGUUAAACUUUGCCAUUGGGACAUGGCUGUCAGAGAACUCGUAUCGAAAGCUUUGUUCAAUCUCACUGCUCGAGAUCCAGAGAUGAUGGCAGAACUAGUUCUUCGUACAAUCUUACCCCAGACUGUUGGCUUGGAUCUUCACGCCAGGCACGGCAGCGUCUUAUGUGCAGCUGAAAUAACGCAUGCCUUGUAUUGCUACGGUGUCGAAAACAACAGGAGCUUAGAGGAUAUACUUAGUGCUUCUUGUAUUGGGACAUUGGAAGAGAUUAUACCCAAGUUAACAGAGGCUAAAUUAUUCAGAGGCCAGGGUGGAGAACUUAUGAGACCUGCAGCUUGCCAUUUCAUUGAAAAGAUGUCUGUCUGCAACAUGGAUUGUAUCAAAGACGAGACUAUAGUGUCGUGGCGAUCUACCAUCGACGAUAACAUCAACCACCAGCAAAGACCAAUCCAGGAGAAAGCGGUCAGUGCAUUACGUCAUUUUACAAUCUGUUUUUACAAAAUGAAAAAUGGAUCUGCAGUGCCUGAUCUUCAAGAUUCAUUGAUUACCACGUACAUAAAAAACUUAAAACAUUCAUCAGAAACAGCGAGGGAAGGAUUUGCGUUGGCCUUGGGCGUGCUCCCGAAGUUCAUGCUGAAUGGCUAUCUCGCAAAGGUUAUUGAGGGUCUUCUUGGAGUAACAGAGGUUCGUGAGAAGGACGCUGGAAAAUUUGCACAAUCCCGGGCGGACGCGUUACAUUCUCUAGCAAGUAUUGCUGAGACUGUCGGUGUUGAAAGAGACGGGGAUUGUAAUUGUGCUGUCGAUGAAUCUACCCUCAUUCGACUCUUUCACUGCUGUUUUAAAGCUAUGAAUGAUUACACAAUCGACAGCCGAGGUGAUGUUGGAUCAUGGUCCCGUAAAGCGGCUAUGACAUGCUUAUUAAAACUUACAUUAGUUGUUACAGAGAUGGAUGCAGAACUUCUCUCUGAAAAGACUUGCGAUGAAAUGAUGUGUUGUCUGUUGAAACAAUGCAGUGAAAAAAUCGAUCAUACGAGAGCACAUGCUGGAGAAAUAAUGCUGAAACUUAUUCACAAACAAAAUCCUGGUAUUCCGAAUAUUCCUGAACACAAGCUCUUGUGCGACAUAUUUCCAAGAAAAGAUUCCGAGAAUUUAAAUUGGGGUGCAGCAGCUGAAGUUUUCAGGAAAAUUUCGCAGUUAUUAGAAAUACCGUGUUACCAAUAUGCCGUACUGAGUGGUAUAAUACUCAGCGCUGGUGGUCUUAGCGAGUCUUUAAUACGUCAGGCUGGGAUUUCGUUAGAGAACUUUCUCGGUAGACUAUCUGCAAGACGACAGGAUGAAGCGUUGACGGGCUUUGCGGAGAAUCUUGUGAAGUUGUUUAAGGAAUAUGAAAAGAAUGAUAGAGUCAUUAUCCCGCUAUUUAAAGUAUUGGAUAAUCUUCUCUCUAUUGGAAGUUUGAGUUUCUUAGCAAAAGAAGGAGGAGAAAAAAUUUCAGAGGCUCUUUUUGAGCUGACGCAAAAUGAGAUUGUACGAAUACCAGAUGCAAGAAAGAUAAUUAUCAGUAUUAAUGUGUUUAGCGGUCUUCUGCAAUUUCCAGGAAAUACAAGACGGAGGUGCUUACAGCGUUUGCUAAUUCUUCUCUGCCACAAGUAUCCCCGGGUACGCAAGGCGACGGCAGAUUCACUUUAUACUGCGCUAAUCACUUACGAGGAUAUUGCCAGUGAAGAGAAGAUGGAGGUGGUGCUUGAUACAUUGAGUGAAACAUCGUGGGAAGAUGAUGUUGAUAAAAUUCGACCUCAGAGAAAUAUAUUAUGUGACCUACUGGGUGUACCUAAACCUGUGCUUAAGAAUACAGCAAAAAAACAAUCCGCUCCACAGACACUUACAACAGAAGACCCCUUGAGCAGUUACAAAGAUCUUGUGUGUCGAGUUGACUAUUAAAGCCUCACUAGUGAUAUAAACAGAAAAUUUUAUUAAAUUAAACGAAAAUAUGUAUUUAUUCUAAACACUUGUAUAAAUGAGAAAU